UUCUACCACAUCCAAUUCAAGUUUCAUUUCAAUAUCCAAAAAGCUUCGAACUUUCACUUUACCUCUAAAGAGUGGUCAUUCUUUGUUGUUUUUGUUUGAAAAAAAUGGCUGAUCAGCACGAACACAACAAGACCUCAGUUGAAGAGACUGGUGCCAACAUGGAGUCUCGUGGUUUGUUUGAUUUCCUUGGGAAAAAAGAAGAGGAAAAGCCAACUCAUGCUCAUGAAGAACAAGGCUUGAAGGACAAGAUCAAGGACAAAAUAUCUGGAGAGCACAAGGAAGGGGAGAAAACGGAGAAGGUUGGGGACACGUCAGUUCCUGUUGGAAAGUACGAGGAAUCGGAGGAGAAAAAAGGUUUCCUGGACAAAAUAAAGGAGAAGUUGCCAGGUGACGGGCAGAAGAGGGCUGAGGAAGUGGCGCCUCCACCACCAGCUGUGGCGGAGCAUGAGGCUGAUGGUAAGGAGAAGAAGGGAUUAAUGGACAAAAUAAAGGAGAAGUUGCCAUGUGACGGGCAGAAGAGGGCUGAGGAAGUGGCGCCUCCACCACCAGCUGUGGCGGAGCAUGAGGCUGAUGGUAAGGAGAAGAAGGGAUUAAUGGACAAAAUUAAUGAGAAAUUACCAGGAUACCACCCUAAGACUGAAGAAGAAAAGGAAGCUGCUGCUGCCUCUCACUAAAGUUGACAACGUGGGAAUGAAUGAGUUUAUUUGUCGCUUUUUUACUUUUGUGAUUGUGCUGCUAUAUAUGAUGUUUCGGUUAAAAGCUUUCAUUUCAAUUCCUUCACUGUUUCUGGAUUUUAGGACUGUAUUACUAUAUUAAGUGCAUAUAGUUGUUUUGUAUGUGCUUAUGUAUAAAGUUUGUUAUAUAUGGAUUUGUAUGCAAAAUGCAGUAGGUUUUGAUUA